CUUCCUUUUAGUAGGCUCCUUGGUUCCCGAGACACCGCCCGCUGGAUCUCCACUGCACAAAACCCCCCACCAUUACAUUCUUCGAUCAUAUCGCCGCCCACCAGCAAUUUUCAUCCAAACUCUCCCUCCGUCCACCACCGGAACCUCCUCCUCUUCCGCCCAACCUUCUCGAAUUCCGACGGGUAAGGAUCAUUCCGCUUGCUAUAUUUGAAGCUGGGAAGACCGCUGCUGGACGCGCGAUCGAUUUUUUCAAUAUGGCUACCAACGGCGAUUUCUCCGAUGAGUCCCUUCCGGGCAGCCCCAACCUCGACGCUACCAACGCCCAGGACUUCGACGACCAGGAGCCUCUCGAUGAGAAGCCUCUCAAGUCUGCGAUGAAGAAGUCCGCUGCCCCGCCUCCCGAGGCUCCCAAGCGUCCCUGGCUCCCUGAGCAACCCGACCCGACUACCCUGGACCUCUCCACACUGACGCCCUUGUCGCCCGAAGUUAUUGCCCGUCAGGCCACUCAGAACAUCGGUACCAUCGGGCACGUCGCACACGGUAAGAGUACGGUUGUGAAGGCUAUUUCAGAGGUUCAAACCGUCCGUUUCAAGAACGAGUUGGAGCGAAACAUUACGAUCAAGUUGGGUUAUGCGAACGCCAAGAUCUACAAGUGUGACAAUCCCGCUUGCCCUCGGCCAACAUGCUACAAGAGCUACAACAGUGCGAAGGAGAUCGACCCCCCCUGUGAGCGGGACGGCUGUGAGGGAACGUACCGUCUGCUCCGUCAUGUGUCCUUCGUUGACUGCCCCGGUCACGAUAUUCUCAUGAGUACCAUGCUUUCAGGUGCCGCCGUCAUGGACGCUGCCCUCCUGUUGAUUGCCGGAAACGAAACUUGCCCCCAACCCCAGACCUCCGAGCACUUGGCUGCUAUUGAAAUCAUGAAGCUCAGCCACAUGGUUAUCCUGCAGAACAAGGUCGAUCUGCUGCGUGAGGAGAGCGCGCUGCAACACUACCAGUCUAUCCUGAAGUUCAUCCGUGGUACCGUCGCCGAUGGUUCCCCCGUCAUUCCCAUCUCCGCUCAGUUGAAGUACAACAUCGACGCUGUCAACGAGGCCCUCGUUUCUCUGCCUAUGCCCAUCAGGAAUUACAGCGAGACUCCCCAGCUUAUGGUCAUCAGAAGUUUCGAUGUUAACAAGCCUGGUGCGGAGAUUGAUGAGCUUAAGGGUGGUGUUGCCGGUGGUUCCAUUCUCCAGGGUGUGUUGAAGGAGAACGAUGAGAUUGAGAUCCGUCCCGGUCUUGUCACCAAAGAUGAGGCCGGCAACAUCCAGUGCCGUCCCAUUUUCUCCCGUAUCGAGUCUCUGUUCGCCGAGAACAACCCCCUUCGUUUCGCUACUCCUGGUGGUCUUAUCGGUGUUGGUACUCGCAUUGAUCCCACUCUUUGCCGUGCUGAUCGUCUGGUCGGUUUCGUCCUCGGCCACCGUGGCCGCCUGCCCGCUAUCUACACCGAGAUUGAGGUCAACUACUUCCUGCUCCGCCGCCUGCUGGGUGUCAAGACUGCCGAUGGCAAGCAAGCCAAGGUUGCCAAGCUGGCUAAGAACGAGGUUCUGAUGGUUAACAUUGGUUCUACUGCCACCGGUGCUAAGGUUCUGGGUGUCAAGGCCGAUGCUGCCAAGCUCAGCCUGACCAGCCCCGCCUGCACGGAGAUUGGAGAGAAGAUUGCCAUCAGCCGAAGAAUCGAGAAGCACUGGCGUCUGAUUGGUUGGGCCAACAUCGUUGCUGGUAACACCAUCGAGCCUAUUGCACACUAAAUUAGUGUGUCUCAAGUGACGUCCAGUCCCGAGUGGUCAGAAAUCGGAAAGAGACAUGUUGUACGAGAAUGAUUCGACAGACAAAUUGCUGUGAAUUCCUCCGCCAAUGACACUCCAACCGCUCGCUUUCACUCGGGUCCAUGCUCUGCGGUUUACGAUCGCAAAAAGUUUUACGGUUAUGACGAGUCGGAAAAGUCAAGGCAUGACAUUUACAGAUUCCCCCGGCUGAUUAGAGAGGAGUGUUUUUUUUUCUUUUCCGAAACUUUCACACCGUCUCUUAGUCCAAUCAUGCGCCUUGGAUAUACCUGCGGCCUUUCAAUAUGGCUAAACGUAGGAUGCUGGUGGGUUUGGACCGAGACGGGGUAGGAUAUGAGUCACGUUGAUGAAGAAGGAGUUGUACUUCUUUUUCUUUUGUGUGUUCUAGGGAGUUGUAUUGAAGAGGCUUCUUUUUACCUGAUUUUGUUUCCCAUUUGUUAUUGCGUCUGCAUGGCCAAGCUCUGUGUAGAUGGAUAUAGGUCUUGCUGUUCAAAGCCCAUAGCGAGGCGGAAUGUGUGCUAUGGAAAAUGAAGAAUUUAUUGCAUCUCGUACUUUGAAUUCGGAUCUGUGAG